GGAACAUUGGCUAAUUCGACCUACUUUCGUUUUCGAUAUAUUUUCUGCAAAAUGUACUUUGUAUACUUUUCGUAAUGGGAGAUACACAACUUUCACACUUUUUAGCCAAAAUAUUGCGCCAUGAAGCCUUAAACAGGGGUCUACAAGUUUCAGAAGAUGGGUAUGUUGAUGUGGAGGAAAUCCUGGAGCUGCAUGAAGCCAGCAACAAAACAGAGGCUGAUGUCAGAAGGAUUGUUAAGAAUGAUGGGAAGAAAAGGUUUAGUCUCAAAGAAGGUCUAAAACUACAAAUUAAGGCCACACAGGGUCAUUCUAUUAAGAUACCCAAGCCGGAACUGACACUUGUAACUCAUGCCACACAAGUGCGAUGUGCUUUACAUGGCACGCGAAGUAGAAACUGGGAAACCAUUAAAUCAGAGGGAAUAUCCAAAAUGGGAAGAACACAUAUUCAUUUUGCACAAGGGGAAAGGGGAGUCCGAAGUGGUUUUCCUCCAUAUUGUGACAUGGCAAUUGAAAUUGAUGUAGAAAAGGCCAUGAAAGAUGGAAUCAAGUUUUACAUUUCGGAGAAUGAUGUGGUGCUAACAGAGGGAAAAGGUGGAUUUAUUUCAAAGACUUAUUUCAAGACAGCAUAUAAACUUGCUUCAAGUAAGUGCUACUGCAUUAAAUUUUGUUUGGUGAAAAAGCAAAUACAUGUAUACCCACUGUGUAAAGAAUAUUUUUCUUAAGCUUGAAUUGAUUUGAAUCAGUUACUGGAUGAUUAAUCAAGUUAAUUUGCCUUCUUCUUUUUUUCAGGAGAAACACUUUCGUUCUGAAUCGAAAGUCAACAAAUUGUGAUAUGUAUACAAAGUGUUACUUUCAGCAGUUUGUAUCGUUAAUUAUAAUCAUUGUUAUAUAUAUUAUUGUUAUAUAUGUAAAUUGAUGUUUAUUUACAUAUGCCAUUUUAUCAGAUUUUUAUUUGAUGCUGCUUUACGAAUGUUGAUUAGAUAAAUUUUAAAGUGAUCCAACCAAAA